GUGUGAGACUCGAAGUUCGUUCCGGUUGAUAGCGAUGUAGACUGUUUCAGGUGGAUCUUACCAGCUGAAUUCGUUCUCAUACUUCGGCACAGAGGAACGAGUGACUGUAAUGACAGCUUCAUCAGCGAAGAAAAGGUUCCCGUGUGCGUGGUAGUUGUAAGUGAUGACGGAAACCUCCAUGACUCAAAAGAAACAAUACACACCCAUAAUGUCAAAGAGGAAUUGGGAGGUUUUUCCCGGUAGAAACAAGUUUUACUGCGAUGGAAGGAUUAUUAUGGCUAGGAAUAAUGGCGUGUUUUAUUUCACUGUGGUGCUUAUAGUUGUUACUAGCGGAUUAUUUUUUGCGUUUGAGUAAGUAUAUAAACUGAAUUAGUUGAUUCCCUUUUAUAUGUGUAGGAUCAUGAGGUCAUGUAAUCAACAGGCAUGCUGUCAGAAAUCUUCGGGCCCUCGACAGUCGGCCAGGUUUCGCCAAUUCUUUACCGUUUCCUUUAUUUUUUAAAAUUGACUUUUUCACUAUUUUUACAAGGUGUUUUUGUAGUCUUGUGGGUUAUUGUAUGAGAAUGUUUUGUUUUGCCAAUUAUAAAAAUGAUUUUAAUACAUGUACCGAGGCGUAAGUUAGAGUUAAAUUUUGUUGAGCUUGAUAUUGUCGAUCAGCAUGGCCUGCCAGCACUAAGCUGCUUUACUGAGCUAUGCUGUCUGGUUUUGCUGAAGAAUGAAAGAGUAUAAUAAGAUGCUAUUGCUGGGGAUAUUGCCAUUUGUGAUUUAAGAAGAGGCAUUACUUAGUUUGAUAAAAGUUAGGUAUAACUUGCAGUUGAUUUACACGUUAUGAAGUUAAUGAAGCAUAUCAAACAGGAACUUGAUUUGGUAUAUCUUCCUUUAUAAGCUAAUGGUUAGUGAAUCCAAUAUUGCCAACUUGCUUCCGGCUGCAAGUCAAGCAUUUUUUUUUACAAAAUACAAGCCUAGUAUGAUUAAAAUACCCCUGUAUCUCAGAAAAAUAGAUCCAUUUGAAGCUAAGAGUUUAGCAACUAAACAAUUUUUUUUAAUAGAUGUAAACUCGCUGUCCCACAUUCCUAUAACAACUUAAAGCCACUGACAUGGCCAAACAUGACCAUAUUGAUAACAGGCAAUCUGUGAAAUACAAAGUAAUUAAAACAGCCGCCUAUAGUGGCUUACACUGUCUUGGGCUUACAAAUGUUGCAAGCUACAUGUAUCCAAAUGUAAGCAGCUACACUGUAUUGUCAGCAAUUUUAGUGUUACAAGGCCUAAUCAACACAGUAUACACUAUAUGCUGGUUCAGGGUGCCUGCAAGUAAAUCAAUCAAGAACAAAACGUGAGAGAUUUAAGGGUUGUAGCUAAAAUAGCAAAGCUUUAAUAGCAUUAUCUACUUAUUAAGGAAAUUAUGAGCUUAUAUUGUUACACAAAAAUUUUAAAUCAAGCAGUAACUGAUGGUCACUAAAAAUAUUAUCGUAUCUGUGCCUUCUCCACAAGUAUUGUUCUUAUUAGAUGUUAUUUCUUAUACUAUAGAUCUAACAUCUUAUCUUUCUCUUCACUGUUAUGGUUAUGUUGUCUGGUGACAAACUUGUGAUCUGCAGCCUGUCUUGAGUUCAACUCUGACUCUGACCACUUAUAACAGUUUUUUUUUUCUGGACCAUCCCAAGCUCAUCUCCAAGGCCAAACUGUUUUUGUGAAAGUUAUAAGGAACUACAGCUGUAUUUUUCUUCCUCUUCAGUGAUAUUUUUAGUGGUUAUUUCACUUUGGGAAAUGGAUUUAAGUAUGCAUGUAUUACUGGAUCACCAGAAGUUAAAGGACAUAAUCUAGUAAAAUUAAUGAAAAGUGUGCUGCCUUUUUGUCCUGCGUUGACAGGUUGAUUUUUCUUACUGAUAAUGAUUAACUUGAGCCUAAAACUGAAGUUAUCAUGUGGCAGAAUUUUGUUUGCAUGCAACAGGCUUUGGUGUGAAACUUGGUUACAGAUCCAUCUUUGAGAGAAGAGCACAUCAGGUGGAGGGAUACUCUGACAGAUGCUAUUAGUAAUUGUCUCAAAGCUGGAAAUCAAUCAGACAAGAGUCUGGCUUAUUAUUUUAUAGAAUACACUCGAAGCACCAAUAGCUGAUUUGUUUUAAAGCAGAAUCCAUUAGGAAGUUGAGUAAUUUUAAUUUUCAGCUAACAAAAACCUCGUACCAGAAUAAUUUCAAACUUAUUGCAUCCUUUUUACAUUUUCCAAGGGCUAUAAAUGUAAUAAGUUAUAUGAAAUAACUCCAAAGAAAAGGUUUGUAUGGGAGCUCAAGAAAACAAACUUCAAAAUCUUCAAAUUUCACAAAAUGAAAUUUUACGCAAGACAAUUUUACCUGUGUUUUCUCAGUUCCUGUGAAAUUUUGAAAUUUAUUUUUUCGGAUUCCCAUAAGAAGUUGUCUUUGGUGUUAUCACAGAUAACUAAUAUUAUCAUUUUUUUGUCCUUGAAAAGUGUAAAAAAAAUGGGAUAAUAUGGCUCAAGAUAUUCUGUGACAAAGUUUUGUCCACUGAAAAUUGAAAUUACUUUUGUUUAUUAACAUUACAAAGGUACAAAGAAUAGGAAAAAGUAUUCUUUAAUUCAGAUUUAUUUCGAUGAUUUUAACAUUUUGAAACAAAUUUAUCCACACCAUGGUAUUAAUAUAUUUAAAGAAUUCUUGGGUUGCACGUGACGUCACCAAAAAUCAAACUAAGAAACUAUCGAUUCUUCUGAGUUCCUACUUUCACGAGGUAUUACAGUACCUAGACACCUUUACAUAAACAAAUUUUUGGUUCGAAAGGGUUCUUCGUUUUGUGAGAGAGGACGCUUGAAUUUCCAGGCUUUUGCAUGACGCGGCAUUUAGCUGGCGGGCGGGAAAGCUCUUAUGUGGGUUAAAAACAUUACAGAUUUUGGGAGAUUUUGCAAUCUAAACAUUCCUUGUCUCAGAGUAAAUAUUACUGUAAUCUUUAUGAGUUCCUCAAGCGAAGAAUUCACGCAUUAGUAGGAACACUCGAAAACAGAUGUUUCUGUUGGUAUCCGGCGGCCAUAUUGAUGUUCCUGAAAGGGACACCAACAUGGCAUUUCCAUAAAAAGCUUUAUAAAUUUAGGUAAACCGUUUUUCUCAGUAUCUCGCAUUUGAAAUAUUUCACAGACCUGAUUCUUGGCAAGGGUUUUUGUAUAUUUAUCUUUUUUCAUUUCCCAGAUUCUAGUCCUUCUGUAUUGAAUGGUUUGCAUUUUUAUUUUUCAUUGCGUGACAGUGCAAGCUAAGAAUAGAACUAAGUACACAUUAAAGCAUGGAUACCUGCAAGUAAGCAGAGAGCAGGGCUGUUCAUUAGUUUGUUACACAUUCUAUGUACAUGUGAAGGUUGCUGUUUGGUUUUCAUUUGCACAGAAGUUCCACCUUUCUGUUAAAAUGCUCUACUUGGUAUCAAAUAAGAUGAUUUUUUUCUUUUUUUAUAAUUUCAAGCAACCGCCUAAUUAAUAGGUUUCCUACACUUGCACGUGUGUUUUGUAGAUUCUCAACAAUUGUCUAAGAUUCCUGAACAUGAAGUUUACGCAAAUUGUGAAACAUGUUGAAGAUCAGAGAAUUUUUUUCAGUCAUUUUUCUGAACUUUCCAAAAUUGCAAUAUUUUUUAUAAUUUACCAAGAAUUUUAAUUGAGAAAAUCUCUGCAUAUUUAAAAAUUGUAAAAAUAUUUUUUUAGAGGGGAAAAAGUGAGUUUUACUGGUACUAAAGCCCAAACAUGCAGUUUAGGUCCAGACCACAAAGUACGCAAAGAGAUAGUUGAAUUGAAUUAAUGCAUGCUGUUUGUUUUUCCCUGUUGAGAAAUUUGAAUACCACAGCUUUUGAAGUGUAUGUUAAAGUUGUUAAUCUUUAAUAACUGGCAUUGACAUUGAUAUUAAAAUUUCAAUACAAAGCUGGAAAAACAUGCAGAAAGCUUUAUGAUCAAGAUGUUCUAAAUAUUUUGAAAAAAAUGAAAGAGCAUUCAUUUUGAUUUUUUUUAAAAAUUAUUUACAAAUGCGAUUGGUCACUCAUAAAACACAUAUUGUACGCAUGUGAUUUCAGUUGAGACACUGAGAAUGUAAAUUGAAAGUGUAAACUUUCAUCCGGACUGAGAACUUACCCUUACUCUCCUUAGCUUCCUUGCAUACUAGCUUCAUAUUCUUAAUGAAAUUGUUUUUCUUGCAGUUGUCCAUAUUUGUAUGAAGAGGUUUCCCCAGCAGUUCCAUUUAUAGCAGCUUGGUUAUUUAUUUUUGUUAUGUCAACAUUACUUCGCACUGCAUUUAGUGACCCUGGUAUAGUACCACGAGCGUCAGCCGAAGAAGCAGCUUACAUAGAAAAAACUUUAGGUAAGAAACCUAACAUUCUUUUCCUUCCCAAGUGUUUCCAAUUGUGUGCAUUUUAAAUUUUUCUUGGUUAAGAAUUUUCAAGCGAGUUUAGGUUAGUUACUUGUUUCCAAUCAGUUUCUUUACCAUAGUGAUGUACUGUAUAUUUUUGUCGUACACUCUUUUUUUUACAAGAACGUUCAUUUUCGAGUUGAGCCUGGGCAGUUCUUAUUUUCCGGGCAGUUUUACCCUGGAAAUGUUCAUACGGAUGCUCUUGUUGAUUUCAGUGAUGGAAAUCUGAUAUGUCAAUCAUCUUAGUGGACCUCUUUGGAGACACAUGUUUAUUUGUGAUUGGUACAUUUCGAUCCACUUUGUUUUUGUUUCUGUGAUUGCCCUGUUUCGGGCAAUAAUCGACUAGUUUUCUUCGAAGAUUUUCUGAACUUUCUUAUUCUUGUCUCUUGCAUUGGAAGAAUAAAACAAUGUCUGCCUUCCGCCCUCAACAAAAAUUCCAUUCAUCAUCGCGAUUUCCUUCGCUAUUCAGGGUUGUCAUUAAGAGCCGGGGGCCGGGGAUUUUCCCCGGCUACUAAGAGAGUGGCCCCCGGCUACUUUUAUUGGAAAAUAGAAGAAAAAUAGAACCGAAAGAAAUCCCUAGCCGUUUGAUUCCCCGCCUACUUGUUGUAUUUACCCGGCAACUUGAAAUCUUAGUGACAACCCUGCUAUUCUUGAGCAGUGUAGAGUUAUUCUCAGUUUUGUUUUUGCCGGCCAAGCUGAGCAAGUGCAUUGCGUUGUGAUUUGCAUCAACUCCACCCCACUCAAAUGAUUGACGGAACAGAAAAACCCAUUCAAAGUUUGCAAACACACAGUGCGAUACAACAAAUUUGGCUAUAAGCUACAUAUAGGCAAGAUAAGACAAUGAUUACAGUUUUCAUGUGAAUGAAUUGUACAAGUACAAUGUAAAUGUAUUAUUGGCCAUUCACAAUACAGUCAAACCUGUAUUGUUACUUUUAUUUCAGUCCGUGACUGAUAAAACGCUGCCAAUUUGCUAUGCAGUAAUACUGUUGUUAUUUUUAAUACUAAUUUCUCUUUUUGACAGACAGUUGUGACUAAAGAAAACUUAUACAUGAAAAAAAAUUCAGAACUGACAACAAUGCGUUUGUCGAACGAGAAUGAAAAUUAAGCUUUAAUGAAUUUGUUAAAUUGGCAAUGACUUACAUGUAACUGGGAUAUGACUGAAAAACUUUCUUACACUGUUUUUGUUUUGAUUGGCCUUAAAACUGAACGCUCAACAUGAUUGUCCAUAGCACAAAAAGCAUGUGUUUCAUUCGUAGCAUAUUUGCAUGCGUCAGCAGCAUUUAUCACUAAACAGGAGAAUCUGGGAUGGCAUAAAACAUCGAAAUGAAAAUUAUGAACAUUAGAGUUGGUGGAAUCCAUUGGGAGAAAAGACAAAUGAAACAUACACAGAUGAAAGAAAAACAAUGUAACUUAUUAUUUAGAGCCUGGUUGUGCUAUUUCUCCAUUGCUUUUGCUUUCAUUGCUUGAAGCUACUGUUUAACGUCUUACUAGUUCGAGUACGUAAGUAUGGUCGGAAGCAAGUCGUCGCACUAGACUGUGCUUUGGGUUUUAUAGCACACAGGUGCGAUUACACAUGAAUUUUUAGGCGCACUUCCAAAAAUCUAGUCGCAUGUGUGACCAGUUAGUCGUUAACUUUGAGCCCUGCUUUUAAAAAAAGAGAGUACUCAAGUUGUAAUAAUAACUCAGAGAUUAACAUUCUUGCAAACGACAACCUCAGAAAUUUGAAGAAGUGGUGGUACCUAAAGCUGGUCACUACAUGCUACAGUUGACUGUAGUCAGCUUUCUGUGGAAGAGUUUGAGUCACACUUCAGACUGGUUAGCCUGUGAAUACGUUAUCAUUAUGACCUUUCUGUUGUUGUGGCACUGAUGUCUCUCCUGCAAAACAUCCCUAGCAUCAAGGGGCAAGGAGAGAUGGCUGUAUUUGCAGGCUAGAAAUAAUGAACUGGUAGGACAUUGCUGAAGGUUUGGUCAAGUUGUUAACCCAAAAGAGCAGUCCAAAUAAGGCUGUAAUAAGCAUGCAAGUUACUGACUAGUGUAUACUGAGCUACGAACUUUUUUUUACCUUCCUUUUGUGGUUUAAACCUCCUCCUCGAGUUAAAAUGGAGAUCACAAUAAAUGGACAACUUUAAGGUUUGCAAGAAUUUAAAGUAAUAGACAGUGAUUCAGUUUACUGGUUUUAAAGUUACUGUUUGAAAUUUUGAUAAAACAGACUAAUGAAUGGUAUCAGCAUUUUCUAGUAUUUGUACUUAGUUUUUACCUCACAGUUUCUUGCAGAAAAAAGUUAACGUAAAUAGUCUUAACAAUUUAAAGACUACAUUAUUGUACCAAAUGUUUGUUACAGUUAAUAAUGGCAAGGAGGUAUGAAUGAGGGUCAUUUAUAGGUUUCAAUUUUAACCAGAAAAGUUUUAGCAGCAUAGCCGAUAAUCACCCCCAGCCUCCUGCCUUCAAAAAGGUCUUUUUCAUUAACUUUUACUUCUAACAAUUCCUAAUUCUCCUCUAACAAAAAGUCACAAUACAGUUUGUAACCCCCAAAAAAAAAGAAAUUCCUUGCCAUGCAGGAGUAGGGGCAAUAAAGGUCUUUGUGGCUUUCCUUUAAUAUUGUAUUUGGGUACCCCUCCCUUGGUAAUAACAUAAGUAGUAUUUUAGUUUAAUACAUGGUGUAUGGUGUCAUGAAAAAAUAUUAAUACAGUCCUAAGACAGGGUGUUUAUCUGUUGGUUACUUCAAUUGCAUGCAAUAAAGAAUGUUUGUUGGACUGUCUCUGUCUAAAUCAAGUAAUUUGACCCUACAAACUUAGCCAUUCUCACUUCAAACCCUGUACUGUCCACAUGGAACCAUUCCCCUGAACCACUUACAGAUGUCCUCAAUUUUAAAACAACUUGAAUUCUGCCUUGUGUAUACCAGAACUUAAAGCACAACCAUUUGGCAUCAGACACCAAACCCACUAGCAUAGUGUUUAACUUGUAAAUGACAAUCUAGACAAAUUUACCUAUUUUGGCCAGAUAGUAAACUGAAAAACAGUUUAAAAAUAGCUUUCUAAGUUUGGUAUGUACAGAAGGCAAAAUAUUGUUAUGCUUCUCUAUUUGUUGCUUCUCUUGCCUUUUCUGUCUAUUUUGAGGGCUGUGCUUUUACUAGGCUUCACUCCUCUUGGAAACGUUUUACAGAAAGUAACCUGACAAUAUUUAUCAAGAAGUAUGGGUGGUUAGUGGGACAAGAUAAUUCAUUCCAAUUUUUGUUUCAUACCAUGUAUGUAACUAUUUAUGGGCUAUUCGACCAUAUUGCACACAAUGAGGCAUUAUGUCUUCCUCUCAAACACAAUUUUGUAAGCAUACAUUGGUGCAAGGAACAUGGUUUACUUUUUUGAAGAAAAUUUAUUGCAUACAACACAUAUGCAGUGCCUUAUUUUGUAACUUUUCCUGUAUACUCAGAAUAGCACAGUUAAUACAAUGGACAGAGAUCAGACCAUGCAACAAGUACUAACAAUAAUAUGUUAAAAACAAUGGAAAAGUAAAAAAAAACAAAAACAAAAAAGCAGACCAUUUCAGUGUUUUGGCAGCAAGGGGGCUAGGAAAUAUUAGAUAGGGUAGCGGUAAUAGGGGUGAUCGGAAGAAUAAUGUUAUUCAUAACCACAUCUUUAGUAGAGCGCCCCUCAAUUAACUCAAAUUCCCUAUUAACAUAAACAAAUUUUAAUUUGGCCUUGUGUUCAGGAAAUUUCGAUUAUUACUGCUACCUUCAGACUUCAAUAACUUCAAACUACUGUUGUCUUUUCCAUUGGAGAAUGAAUUUUGCUGUAGCAAUAUUAAACCGUUCCUGCAGAAUUAUUGUAUUUGGUAUUACCAGCAGGGUGUCACUCUAACAUGUGAUGUUUUUAAAAUCUACAGAAACUCCAAGUCAGGAUCCCCAGACAUACCGUCCUCCUCCUCGAGUUAAGGAGAUCACAAUAAAUGGACAAACAGUCAAACUUAAGUUUUGCUUUACGUGCAAAAUAUUUCGACCACCAAGGGCUUCACACUGUAGCAUGUGUGACAACUGUGUUGGUAAGCUGAUUACUUACUCUUUUUUUAAUAACAAAAUUUUAUUAAAUCAUACUCUACAGCAUUACAAUACUAAUGUUACAUAACAUUGCAUAACAUUGUGUUACAACAUACUACUACAUUACAUUACACGAAAGAAACUUUAAUACACUUUUAUCCUUACAGUGUAAUUUAAGCCUUUUUCAUAAAAGGCAGUUAUAGUGGGAAGAGUCUGUUUUCUCCUACAUGUACAACCCAAUAAGUAUAAUUUAGCUGUCAGUAUCACGUGAUUAACCCUUUAAGUCCCAAUAUCCAGAUUCAAAUUCUCCAAACUGAUUUUCAUACAUUCCUUAAAGAACUAGUUGCGAGAAUUUGACAGAAGAUCAUAAAAUUCUCCUAUUCAAAUAAGGUCAAUUUAUAAACAAUAAUUAUUAUUCCAAUAAUAAUGUCUUAUUAUAGUUGGUUACUUAUUCUGUUUCAUGAGUACUUAAACUGUGUAGAGGUUUUUCAAAACAUCAUCAAACUCUAUGUAAUAGAGGAUUACAAGCUACCUGUAAUGCGGUAUUGAAAUAGUAGUGAACCCAAUAUUGCCAAAUAAGCCUCUUGCUUUUUAUUUUUGUUAGCUAUUACACACCCUGCAUUAAUUUCUGCUUACAAGUUUUCAGCUUGGGAGCAUCUUUCAUUUUCUUUUUUCAAACAGUGCUUUAUAUUAGUUUCAUUGGGUAUACAUAUAAUAGCUGAGAAGUCUGUCACAUAAAGUUUGUAAGGUUUACAUGUAUUAUUAUGUUGUAGUUAAUUUUUUUAUCUCAGGUUCAUUUUUAUUCUUUCUUUGGUUCAACUUCAUUAGCAUACAUUAACAUACCCCAAAACAAAAGAAAAACAAAAAUUACCCGAGAUAAAAGUUAACUACAGCAUCCUAAGCACAGCCAACUUAUAUCAUACCAAUUUAUCCUUUCUUUUCAGAACGGUUUGACCAUCAUUGCCCUUGGGUGAGUUUUUAGAUUUAAAGGAAAUCAAAUAUUUUUUCUUUGAUGUUAAACUCUCCUGUGUAAUCUUCUUUAUGUAUGUUUUUUUUUCUAGGUUGGUAACUGCGUAGGAAAGAGAAACUAUAAGUUUUUCUUUAUGUUUCUUGUUUCGCUGUCAAUUUACUGCUGUUACCUCUUUGCUUUUGUUGUUACUCAUCUUGUAAUGUGUAAGUCUUUAUUUUGUUUACAUUACUAUGUUUACUUUGUAAACCAACCAAGAGAACAGCAGUUCACAGGUUUUACUUGCCAGGCUAAGUUGAAAUGACCAAGAGCUAUGUGAAUAAUGUUGCCACAUUUCGAAUUCCAGGUCACAUGAGUUUCCUACCACAAGCCAUCCUCAGAGUUUAUGCUUUAGAAAGAUGUCUAUAUAAAAGAGAUCUAAAAGAACUUGAAGCCUUCUAAGAUAUUCCUAUGCCAUGAACCAGUUGUUUGUUCGCUAAAGUUGUCAACGUAAUAUCUUGCACACUAAAAAUAAUAUUAAUGAAUUCUUGUACCAUUGAUAUUAAUAAUUCAUGACAAUAACAUAACUGUAAUUUCCUGGUUUGAAGUAUUUGUCACAAUGUUUUGAAAGGUGAACAUCAUUUUAGCACAAUUUAGAAUCUGAUUUAUUAAAAUGGUUUAUGUAAUUACUUGUAAUCUUGAAACAGAAUUGCCCUCAGUAAUUUGCAUUAUAUUUUCCUUUGAUUUACAUGUAUUUGGCAAAAAUGACUUUAAGUAACAGGAAGUCUUAGAAAUAUCAAUUUGUUCACAUGCAAUCUGUAUGGAUGCUCAUUUUUUUUUUUACCUAUUACUGAAGUGAAAAGUAAAUGGUCUCUGUAAAAAUACAUGUAUUUUCCCCAACUUGUCACAAUUUUCAUUUUUUGCUUUGUUCAAGUAACAGGUUAUUUCUGCAGUAUAAAUCUCAUCUGUGUCUGAAGAUAAUCAGUUUUUCUGUUUUUGUUUUGCAGUAUCUAAAGGAGAAAAUAACACAUUUAUUUCUGCUAUGAAGCAAUCUCCAGCUAGAUAUCCUUUAGUUUGCACUAAUAAUUGUGUGCUAAGUUGCAUUCUCCUUGGGUAGGUGUAGAAACUCAUUCUCAGUGUGAAUUUUUGUUAUCCAUAUCUAGCUUUUAAUGGUAACAGAAACAAAUUAAAUUGUUGUAAAGGCAUCUGUUGACAGAAAAAACUAACCAACUCAGUUACUUAUAUACCAGUAAAGCAGUUGCAGUUCAUUAAGCAAAUGAAAAAUUACUCACGAUAACAGUGGUAGCACUUCUACAAAGUAGGUCUUGGUCUGCAUUCAUGAUUGUUAGUUUUUUAGGAGGUGGAAAAUGAAGAAAGUCAUCUUGUAUCAAGGACUAGUACGCUAUAAUUAUGUUAUCACUUACAUGUAAGAGGUCUGCAGCUACACCUUCUUGGUUGGAGGCAAAUGCUCUUACCCUUCUUCUCCAUUAAUCUUAUGAUCGGUGUAUGUGAACCAUAAAGCUAAUGGAAGGAAGAUUUAUGGAUAUUUUUUUACAAGUUAGAGCUCGGGAAUUGAAAAGGAGCAGUGUAAAAUGCAGACUGCGCACUGACUGCAGACUAUUUUUUUUACGGUUAGAAAACAAUGGGACUAUUGUUGUUACGUACUCAUUUGCAUGGUAAAACAAUAGGCUGCAGUCUGCAUUUUACACUGACUGGAAUUGAAAAGCAAUCAUCAUCAUUUUUGAUGCCAUAACCUGAGACACUCUGAACUUCGUUUACAAUGUCACACUCCAAAGCCAAACAAUCAAUUUGAGUUUCCUUGACUGAUGCUACUAUCCUGGAGGCCAUCAUCUGUUUUUUCUCAGUUUGGUCAAUAGUUGGUUUAACUGGAUUUCAUGGAUAUUUAGUUUCUUCUAAUCAAACCACAAAUGAAGAUGUGAGUAUAACCAAAACUUAUUAUUAUUUGUUUGUAUAUUUAAGAGUAGAAACGCCAACUGAACCAGUUAAGGUGAGGACAAACAAAACACCUACAAAAAAAAAUACAAACCAAGAAAGCAUAUUGAAUAUUUAUACCUGAUUGAAAAAACGUCGUUUAAGAAGUAUAAACCAUGGACAAUGAGGCCUCAAUGAUUUACAAGUAUACAUUUAUUAGCAAGGCAAAUUCAAAGUUCUUUCAUCAAAAGUUUACACUGACAUGAGAUGCUGAUGCUGAUGCAAAUCCCUAUAGUACUCUGUUUGAGGCAUACCGUUGUCUUUUUAUGCGGUCUUCCAAGAAAGCUUUUUUAAAAGUCCUAUCUUAUGAUUUUCAAGUGUGCGUUAGCAAUGUGGCUAGGCUCUUUAACCGUAGAGAUCUCUGAUGUGCCCUGCACAGGUGAAGUUGUGAGCUUACCGCCAAGAAAACUGGAAACCAUUUGAACUUUUUUGGAAUACAUCGUCGUGAAAAGCUUUGAUAAUUAUACUUUUCUGGAAAGAACUUUAAAUUUGCAGUGCUAAAAAAAAUUCUACUCAUAAAUUUAUUAGGUGCCACAGUUCAUGGUUUAUACCUUUCAAUUGACAGCAUUUUUUCAAUCAGGUGUAUAUGAAAAUUAUGUAUAGGCACUGUGUGGUGACGAAUUAAACAAAAAAGGAUCAUUGCAGUUAUAGACGCAACUUUUGCAGUGGUGAAAAGGAAGCCUGAAAAAAUUCAGGCUUGUCAACAUUCAAACCCUCAACCUCUUUGAUAACAGUGCAGCACUAGAGCUAGACAUUUGAGUUUCUUCAUUAUAAAUGCGUGCAUGGCAAAGAAACGAAUUGAAUAUAUGAAAAUCAUAUAAAGGAAGUGAGGAAAGUUACAGGAAGGUGGCAGGCAUUUCUAUGUGGAAUUUAAGUCAGUGUUAAGUCAGAGUGGUAGUGGUGCAAUGGGUCUAAACCGUGGUUGCUCCAGGGAAUCUCCCAGAUAAAAGAUAAAAUUAAUCACAUUUUUUUCUUUGACAAUACACUCGUUAUAGCAUGAUGAUUUGUCAGUUACACAAUGCUUUUUUAAUGGUAAAUCUCAAUGGGACUUCUUUUGGUCAUUACUUCUCAUCCAUUGAGCCAAGUAAUUAAUUUGAAACUAGGUUAUUAGCUUACCAGAUGCCUUCUGGGCUGUCUCACAUGCAAGUGAUGUAGCACAUUUGGGUUAAACAUCACGUACCUAAGACCCUAUAUCAACUUAAAGCUCAUUGAACUGGCUAUCGUAAGAAACCAACAUUCUGUGUAAUAAACUGCACCAUCGAUUUUUUUAUGAGGUUUUUAAUACGAGCAUCCAAAUCUGUUUUCAAAACCUAAACUCAAAAUGAUUAUUUUGUUGUUUUUUUUGUUUGUUUGUUUGUUUGUUUUCUUUCACUAAUUUGAUUCACUUAGGGACUUGUCAGAAAUUAGCAGGGGGGAGGGGGGGUGGAAACAGAGGGGGGGGUCACAACCUUUUGCGACUGCAGAAAAGGGAGGGGUCAUGAAAAAUGGGCCAUUAAAAGGGGGAGGGUCAUGUAAAUGUGUGUCCGGGAUCAUGUAGAGGUUCACCCACGGAACAAAAAAGUACUUCUUUAUUUUGUAAAAAAAACCUGGGAGAAAUAGGAGAGUCGAGUGAUCAGCUGUCAGAAUUAGAGUCGGACUCUUAAUGCUGUCAUCUAACAGAUUAGAAUAUAUUUUGAGAUUUCAUAAUACUGUCUCACCCUAGUGUAUCGCAAGAACUAGAUUUUAUCAUUUAUAGAAGAGGAGGAGGGUCAUGAUAUUUUAGGCCAAUGUCAAGGGGAGGGUUAGCAAAUUUCACUCCCACUGCAGGGAUGGGUCACCUCAUUUCCAAAUCCAAAUUUAAAAUUCCCACCCCCCCUCCCCCCCCUGUUAAUUUCUGACAAGGUGUUAGAAGGUGUUAGGUGUUAGGUGUUUUCAUCCAGGUGACUGAAGCCUCAGGCAGAAUCAAUCAUCGCAGAAGAGCACGCAGGUUUCCGAUCAGGUCGCAGUACGACAGAACAGAUCUUCAAUCUCAGGAUACUGUGCGAGAGGUACCUCCAACACCAACAAGACCUCUACCACGUCUUUAUUGAUUUUAAAAAGGCGUUUGACAGAGUAUGGCAUAAAGCCCUUUGGUCUACUAUGAGGCUUUAUAACAUCAAUGUCAACCUGAUCCAAGUCAUUGAAAACCUCUACAACAAGGCCACUAGUGCAGACUACCUUAAUGGUGACGUAGGAGAGUGGUUCAGAACCGCAGUCGGAGUCAGACAAGGGCGUCUACUCUCACCAACUCUUUUCAACAUCUUUCUGGAGAGAAUUAUGACUGACGCACCAGAAGAUCACCAAGAAACAGUCAGCAUCGGAGGCAGAACAAUUACCAAGUUACGUUUUGCUGAUGACGUUGACGGCCUGGCGGGAAAAGAGGAGGAACUAGCCUCCCUUGUGGAUCGCGUGGAUAAGACCUCUGCAGCCUUUGGCAUGGAAAUCAGUGCAGAGAAGACCAAACUGAUGACCAAUAACGCGAAUGGUGUCAGCAUUGACAUCAGAAUCAACGGUGAAAAAUUGGACGAGGUUGAUAGCUUCAAGUAUCUGGGCGCAGUCGUCACAGAUCAGGGUUCCAAGCCUGAAGUACUGUCUAGAAUUGCACAGACAACAGCAGCACUAGCGAGACUGAAGACCAUCUGGAGUGAUAAGCAGAUCUCUGUAAGCUCAAAGACCAGACAAAUGCGCUCCCUAGUUAUCUCAGUACUAUGGUACGCCUACGAAACCUGGACAUUGACAGCGGACAUCCCGAAGAAAUUGCAGGCCACUGAGAUGAGAUCUUUAGGAAACUGCUCGGCAUCUCAUACAGAGAUCACAUCACUAACGAUGCAGUCAGAGACAGAAUCAGGCAAGCCAUUGAGCCCCAUGAUGAUAUGUUAAGCCCAGUAAAGAAACGCAGGGUAAAGUGGUUUGGGCAUGUAUCAAGAUCAUCAGGGCUUGCCAAGACGAUUUUGCAAGGAAAAGUGCAAGGAGGGAGAAGAAGGGACCGACAAAAGAAGCGUUGGGAGAACAAUAUCGCUGAAUGGAGAGGGUUGAAGUUUUGCGACUCCGUAAGAGAAGCUGAAAAUAAAAUGGAGGGAGAGGGUUGCAACGUCCGUGGCGGUCCAACGGUCAUUGACUACGAGAUAGGUGCUUGUGCAGGCAGGUGCAGGUGCAGUCAUCAAGUCAAAACGCUAAAAAUACAUUUUGGGGUUUUGCCAUUUUCUAUUGCCAUGAAAAAUGUGAGAACAAUAAUGGAAACAGGGCUAAAACAGUUGGAUAACGAUACGAAAUGUCUCUCAACCAAAACGUUUUAAGGAAAAAAGAAUUCUCAAACAUGUUUUUGCUUUUUACACAUUAAAAUAACAUUCCUCAAAAUUAUAGGUCAGUCAAACAAAUUCCUUUUGAGUUUUAGCAUAAGAAAGCUGAUUCAGACGCACUGAUUAAAAAAAAUCAUUAAAAACUGAUAGUGCAAAUUUUCAAAAACUUGUUGCUUUAUUAAGAUAGCCACUCCAAUAAGCUUUAAUUUAACAUAGGGUUUUGGGUAUCUCCCGUUUAACUGGGUUUUGUUAUAUCACUUGCAGAGAAGACACCCUUGAAGGUAUCCUGUAACAGCCUAAAUUCUUUUUCCCGCUAUAUUAUAAUUGUCGUAAUCUUUCAUCUUCUUUUUUCUACUUUUUUUAUUUGACAUCACUUUUGUGUUUUACAUUGUAAAUAACCCAACUCAGCAGCUAUCAACACAUGAAUUGAGUGUAUGUAUUAUGUACUCACACGCUCUUAGAACCCGUUUUUCAAGAUCUUGUUUUGAUGAACUAAAAUUAACGUAUCUAUUUGUUUCACAGAUAAAAGGGUCAUUUUCCUCACGGAGUGGACAAGGAAAUUUUAAUCCAUACAGUGAAGGCUCAAUGUUGCAAAAUUGUGCUGCAGUGCUCUGUGGUCCUCUUCAUCCUAGGUAUAUUCAUAAAAAAAAUGUAAAAAAUUAAUUGUGGUGAUCAAAAGGAGUUUUGUUGACAGUGACUAGCAUGACCUUCCUGAUUCAAAUUAUUUACUUUGCUUUUUUGUUGUUGAAUGUUACAGUUUAAUUAACAGAAGAGGACUUAUCAUACCUGAACCUCCUGAAUCAGACAAGUAUGGAGCAGUUAGAACAACUACAGCACCUAUGGUAAUUAGGGACUUGUUGCUAAGUUCUUGGUAGAGUUAUAAAUCUUGAAACUAUUAACUGCUUUAGGGUUAGCUUACUUGCUCAAAAUCGUACAAUACAUGAGAAUAAAGAUGCUGCCUUCAGUGACCUGUAUUGGGAUAAUGACCACAUAUGAAUAAGGAUCUUAUCUCACUCUUAAGCAGGGAACAGUACUCCCCCAAGUAAAUACCUCACUAACUGAAGCUUAUGUCUUUUUCUUGCCAAGAGCAGGACUGUCAUUAAGGUUUUAAGAAGCUGGUCUCCCGGGAAAAGUAGAGAGUCAUUUAUCCCACAAAUCCUCCUAAAUUUGUUUUGUUUGAUUCAUUUUGAAAUUUAGAUUAGCCAGCUGAUUUUACUGUAGUAGCCUGCUCAAAUAGCCAGUGGCUGGCUACUCAUGACAGCCCUGCAAGAGUGACUCUUUUUUCUGAUUUCUUCUUCUUUUUUGGAUCUUUAGUCUCCAACACAGCUAGGCUCAAAGAAUGGUGUCACUUACGAUUCUAGUAGAACAGACGAAAAACAAAAAUUGGAGUCAAGUGUCCAACAGCAAGAUAGUCUUCAAGCUGAUAGUGAAAGAGGACUGGUUAAACUAAGCAGUGUGUAGCAUCUCUGUUGUAAUGCAUGCCCCCCAGCCCCCCCGGCCCAUAGGUACACAACUGAACAGGAACAUUUCAAAUCUAGAACCUGUUUCUCAUGUGUCGUAGUAAUUACCGGGUCCAGAAAGCCGUUUUAUGUUUGCAAUGUUUAUGUGCAAGAUUUAGGUUUUUAUAAUUUGGAAAGUGAAGUAGUUUAUGAGAUAGGACCCGCAGUCCAGGUCUUAAGAUUUUGAUUUUAAAACAUGGCUUUGGGCCAGCAAAGUUACUGGGACUCCUAAGAAACAGGCAGCCAGUAAUCACUAAGGGAUGAUCGAGACGAUCGAGACUGAAAGUUUGCCUGGUUGGAAGAAGUGAUGAAAAUGUAGUGUAGUCUUUUCAACCCCUGGGCUGAGUGAUCUGAAUCAAAAAGUUACAACAUGCUCAUGAAAUACUGAAAAGAUUAACAACAAUGAUUAUUACACGUAGGGAUAAGGGCACAAACUCAGAGGCUGGAACUACUGUGUGUAACAUAAUACAAUCUGCAGCUCUACAGGAAAGUACUGUUAUAGGGCUUUCUUACACUAUCUUAUAGAGUAAUGGGUAACUUAAUGCAAAUUAUAACAGUAUAAAAUAACUAUAGCAGCUACCCAAUUGUAGGUUUUAUAGGAACAUUUCUUGUUUUGCACUGCAUAUCUGGAGGCUAUGAUUUGUUUUGUUUUUUUAGAACUGACAGGUUAUAUUUCAAAUUGUCAAAUCUUUAUGUGAAAUAUGCAAAGUAACUCCGUACAAAGAAAACAAAUUUUCACAUCAGUUUUUGGGGAAUGAUCGUACACCAAUGAAAACCUCUCUAAAGUGGCUCAAAAUGGUUUCCAGCUUUCUUCAUCUCGUAUGCAUUUAUGGACUGAUAGUAAAACCCCUUUCAUUUAUCUUACAAUGAAAUGCAAAAUAAUAAUAAUAAUAAUAAUAAUAAUGAAUAACUUUAUUUUAGUGUCAAUGUCUUAAGCUUAACAGUUAGCUAAUUGGGAACACUUUAAGUACUGGCGUACUAAUCUAUUACAUGAUUUUUAAAUUAACGAUCUUACCUAAAACCUAAAACUGUAUACAAAUUAUAAAGUAAAUACGUUAAAGCGAUCGAUAUGUACAUAUUUUAGUUACCGUACCAUCAUGAAUUUAACCUGUUAGUUUUGUCAGUGACCCUCAUUGUCGUAAUAUUGUUGAAUGUCAUUGGCAUGUCAAAGUUGCAUUUUGAGAGUUCAAAACAUUUCUGUCAGGUGGAUUCAGGGCCCCUUGAAGUUUUCAAAAAUGUGAAAAAGGCUCUGAACCCUCUGAACGGGAAUUUUUUGUACUUUACAGAAAGGUAAAUUUUGACCUAAUAAUUUCAAUUCAUGAAAAAAAAUGGGGAUCAGUUAAAAAGCUGCUAUGGCAACUUGUCAUGUCCUCAAAAAAUUCCGUAACUCAUUUGGGGAUUUCUUUGAUACCGUUAUUGUAGGAUCAAAUGAAAAAGUUUUGUAGUAUUGAUCCAUAAGUGUUGUAGUCCUGGUGUUAGACCUCGAAAUUCUGGAAACCGUUGUGAACCACUUUGAUUAGAAAGCCUCGUGUUCUUUUAGAUCAUAUAUUUAAACUAUGAUAUUCAUUUAUAGCCUGAAAUUCAUCCGAUUGCCUCGAGUCGUUUUUUCCUCUCAACAACAUUACUGAGGGAGUAAACGACUGGACGUAAUCGGAUGAAAUUCAGGCUACUUCAUUGACCUCUUACACUGAUUUUUAAACUUGUAUGAUUGGUAGUUGGGCAUGUCAACCUGUCAUAUCUAUCAGUAAGCAUGACUUUACUUAUAUUCUAUCAAAAGGAGAGGGAUUAGUUUUAAUAGCUGUGUUCGGAUUUGUAAAUAGCUAAUUCAGUCAACUCAUUCCAAAACAGCCAUCUUUGAGGCUGACACUAAGUUUCUGUCUAAGAGAGGUGUCCGCCAUUGCAAUGAACAAAGAACAGCAGGAGCCAGUUAAAGCUGGCUGGCCGGCAUGUUAGCCACGGGGAGUUGACUGCUGCUGCUUCUGACAAGAGCAUUUCUAGAAAGAGAGAAUCUCGGGGACGAGGUUAUGUGUACAAUAUUAUGUCAAAGUCUCUUUUAGUCUUUUUAAAAACUUUAUUAAUGUUAAUUUUGUGCCUACUUUUUUUUAUGUAAAGUUUUCUCGUCUCAUCCCCAACUUAUCCCUAUCCCAUUAUCAAAUAUUUGUAUUACCUGACAUGGUUUAACAUGGUCUGUGGUUCUUUCAUUUAAAACAUGAUAUAUAUGCAUUUUCCACGUUCAGUCAUUCAUAUAUUUUUGUUUGGUUUUGUAAUUAAACAUGUCUUACAAGGUGAUGGAUAUCGUACUACUUGAAAAAAUGUUCGAGUCAAACUAGCUUGAUGAAUGACCAU